CAAAAUUUGAACAAAUAGUCGCUCAGACCGAAUGGUAUUUUUUCUUGUUUCCGGUUCGCGCCCGAUACGACAGGAAAAUUUUGAUCACGGGUGGUGAUGGUGCGCGCGACGGAUGUCGGUCUGCGGGCCGAGGGCUGAUCGGGGAUGAUUAUGAUCUGUCUGUUGCCAGCGCGGGACGCGAUCUCUUGCGCAACGCUGCCACCGCCGUCACCGCCUGCACCCAAAGCAAAAAAGCUUGGUCUUGUCCUGCUGCCACACUCGCCGUCUAUAACGUCGUCCAUGCGCGUCCCGUCGCGGUACCUCCGACUCCUUGGGCUCCUCGCCUGCGUCGCCGUGAUUGCCGGUGCAGGCCGGUACUUGACGCUCGCGUUUGAUCGAGUUCUUCCGCGUGCGUAUGUGCCCCCGCCGGAGACGCUCGAGCUGGGCCAUCCGACGUUCGCGGAUGUGAGGGAGUAUGAGCGGGGGCUGGAGCAGCAUCGGAGGUUUAGCAGUGCAUUUGGUCGCAGGUGCGCCGGUGGGAAUCAGCAUCGGGUCAGCUGAAUUAACUCAGUGCAGAUAUGUUUAUUUUCCUCGCGAGGCGUGGGGGACCGGGUGCGUGGGGCGCGAUUCCGAUCCUAACCCAACUGUCGACUGAUGCACUCCCGCAGAUGGAACAACGUCUUCCAAGAACAGUAUGCAGCGCACCCCACCCAUUCUCAAAUCUCUCACGUAAUCCAGACUCCUCAACACGCACCUGGCGUUCCUGGCAGACAGGGGCUAUGUGUUCGCAGAUUACAUUGCGCGCGAUCACCCGCCGUUUCCGGACCUCCUGCCCAAUGGCACGCGCGCGCACCUGCACGUCCCGAUGAAUGCCUUUACGGCGGGGCCGACGGGCGGCGGUGCGUGGGGUGCCGGACACUCUGCUAAGCGGGCGCGGGGGGUCUCGAAGGAGUGGUGGGACGUGGUGUGUCCGCCGGAGCGGGUGCACACAGUGGAUCUCGGGGAGACGAAUACUGAGUUGGGGAUAGGUGGCGAGACGUCGGGGCUUGAUAUCAUGACCAGAUGGGCCACGAAGUUGAGGAGAAUUGACGCAGAGUGCGUGGAAGUUUCAGGGGGGACCCCGUUCAACUACGAAUUCAUCAUCACGGACAGAAUGCUGUCCCUCUGGCCCUCGUACGGCUCAUCUCCGACACUGACGCAAUUCACGUGGUCGGCGCUCGUCACGCGGGCCAUCGCACGCAACUUCGCGGUCUUCUCACACAGCGCAGACACCCCGCCGCGCCCCCUCCAGCCGCACCUCUCGCGCUGGCUCCGCUUCCCGGGGACCGGAGACGCGUCUUCGCCGUUCCCCCUCUCCGCGUUCCGCCCGCUCCCCGUCUCAGCCCCCGCGAUCCCGGGGCUCCUCGCGCUCCACAUCCGGCGCGGCGACUUCGGGGAACACUGCCCACGUCUGGCAGCCGAGUCGCUCGACUACAACACGUGGAACCUGCUUGGACGCCCGACGCCCGGCGGUGGGCCGGCCCCGCUGCUGCCGGAUUACAGGAACGGGAGCGACGACGGGAGGGAGGUGGUGAUGCGCCACUGCUGGCCGGCGCUCGAGAGCGUGCUCGCCAGGAUCGCGCACAUCCGCGCACUGCAUCCGGGCCUGCAGGACGUGUUCGUCGCGACGAAUGCGGAGAGGGAGUGGCUUGACGCUCUGAAGGUUGAUCUGAGUAAGGCGGGGUGGAGGGGUGUCGCUACCUCGCUGGACCUGCGGCUGGCACCGGAUGAAGCAGCCGUGUCGCAUGCGGUGGAUAUGGGUAUAUUGGGCGCUGCGGAGGUGUUUAUCGGGCAGGGGUAUUCUAGUCUGACUUCGAAUGUGGUGCAGUUGCGGCUGGCGGGAGGCAGGGCACCAGCAACCAACAGAUUCUGGUGAUUAGAGAAAAGUAGUGUAUUAUUGAUAGUCUACCCUGGGGCCUAAAUUAUAAUGGAAAUUUAAUUAUCAGCUACUCAAAAGUCUGGCAGUUAAAAUUACAUAGUGUAAUGACCCUUACGUCACAGACGCAUCACGUGGAGCAUCUGGUCCCGUGCGAGAAUUUUCUCAUUUCUCCCCCACCUUCGUAACCGACAGCAACGGAAUGGUGGCUCAAGUGCAGCGCCCCGCGCCCCCGUUCAGCGCGACGGCCGUCGUCGAUGGCGUCUUUGAGGAGGUGUCGCUGGAGGGGCUCCUAGCCAAGGGCAAGUGGGUCGUGCUGCUGUUCUACCCACUGGACUUCACAUUCGUCUGCCCCACCGAAAUCCUCGCGUUCAACGACGCGCUGCCCGCGUUCGACGCGAUCGGCGCCGCGGUCCUGGGCGUCUCGACCGACUCGCACUAUGCGCACCACGCGUGGGCGAGCCAGCCCCGCAGCCAGGGCGGGCUGGGCCCGGGCCUGAGGCUGCCGCUGCUGUCCGACCGGAGCACGAAGAUCUCGCGGGCGUAUGGGGUGCUCGUUGAGGAGGAGGGCGUGGCGCUGCGCGGGGUGUUUGUGGUCGACCCGCGGGGUGUGGUGCGGCAAAUCACGAUCAACGACCUUCCGGUCGGCCGCUCGGUCGAGGAGACGCUGCGCCUCGUCAAGGCGUUCCAGUUCACGGACAAGUACGGCGAGGUGUGCCCGGCCAACUGGCACGAGGGCGGGCCGACGAUCAAGCCCGAUGCAAAGCGGUCACUGGAGUACUUCGCGGCGGUGGAGGGCAACGUGCCGGAGGGGGAGGUGGAGGGGCAGCCGCGGCCGGUGAAGCGGCAGAGAGUCGGUUGAAUUGUGCUGGGAAUCUAUUUCGCACGGUGCAAGUGCAGGCCGGGUUGCUGGCUCGAUCACGUCCUCCCCCCCCCCCAAUUGUAUUGAAUCGAUCUUCCUCCGCUCCUGCGUGAUUACCACGCUCCCGUUCCAGGGCUUCCCGACGUCCCAUUCCCG